UGGUUCCCCUGUAUCUACUGCCUCCGGAAAGGGAGAGCCAUUUAGGGUAGCCAUGGAGAUAUUACUGGCCUCUUGUUUCCUUCCUUUUCUUUGCUAUUAAAAUCUUUCGCUCUGAUUUCAGUAAGGCACCCCACUUCUGCGGGCGUCCGGAUCCUGCAGUUCCUCUCUCUCCUCAGGGACACUUUCGCAGAAAGCAGGAACCUGUUUUUAAAUGAGGAUAGUGUGUAAGCACAAGAAUGGGUGAGGUUUAUACCAAAAGGAAAUCAAUCCCAACCAGACUCCGGGCUUUGGAGCUCGGCCCAGCCUACAGGUCCCAGGAGACCCCGCGGUAUCGGCGCGCUGCAGUAAUCCUUCCCUCACUCUUCUGAAGGGUGAGAGAAAGGUUCCUCCCGCGGCGCACUGCGCGUUGGUUUGUUUUCAGCGACGGUGACGGAGAGUGGGAGCCCGGCCGACUGCUGGAGGGGGCGACCGGAGGCGGGUCCCUCCUCCCUUCAGCUCUGUGGGGCGGGGAGGAGGGAAGCUGGGCCAGCGGGCCGGGGACCCAGCCGCGACGACCGAGCAGGCUGAGGAGAUGGAGGGCGACGGCGUGCCGUGGGGGAGCGAGCCCGGGCCGGGAGGCGGCGGAAUGAUCCGCGAGCUGUGCCGGAGCUUGGGGCGCUACCGCCGCUACCUGGGUCGCUUGAAGCAGAACCUGCGCGAAACCCAGAAGUUCUUCCGCGACAUCAAGUGCGCCCACCACCACAGUCGUCACUCCGCCCCCACGGGCGGCGGCGGCGGCGAGCGCGGCCCUGCCGGCGAUGUCGCCGAGACCGGGCUGCAGGCGGGCCGGCUGAGCUGCAUUUCCUUCCCACCUCAGGAAGAGAAGUACCUCCAGCAGAUGGUGGACCACCUCCCCUGCAUCUUAGUCCUCGGCCAGGAUUGUCACGUCAAGUGCCAGCUGUUGAACCUGCUGCUGGGGGUGCAGGUGCUCCCUACCACCAAGCUGAGCAGCGAGGAGAGCUGUAAGCUUCGGCGCCUCCGCUUCACCUAUGGGACCCAGACUCGGGUCAGCCUGGCGCUUCCCGGCCAGUACGAACUAGUGCACACCCUGGUUGCUCACCAGGGCACCUGGGAGACCAUUCCUGAGGAGGACCUGGAGGUCCAAGAGGGCAGUGAGGAUGCUGCCCAUGUUUUAGCCGAACUGGAGGUGAUGAUGCACCAUGCCCUCUUACAGGAAGUGGACAUUGUCGUAGCACCGUGCCACAGCCUCCGGCCCACAGUGAAUGUUCUGGGUGACUUGGUGAACGAUUGCUUACCUGUGAUAACCUAUGCGCUCCACAAAGAUGAACUCUCUGAGAGGGAUGAGCAGGAGCUUCAGGAAAUCCGCAAGUGUUUCCCCUUCCCCGUGUUCUUUUUCAAAGUGCCAGAGCUGGACUCGGAGAUAAUCAACUCCUCCAGCAGAAGAGUGGAGAAUGAGAGAUCGCCACUUCAUCGCCAGCUGACCGACCUGGGCUAUCUGGGCAGCAGUCACUGUAACUGUGGGGCCACUGGCCAGGACACUAAAGCCCAGAGCAUGUUGGUGGAGCAGAGUGAGAAGCUGAGACACCUGAGCACAUUUUCUCACCAGCUGCUGCAGACACGCCUGGUGGAUGCAGCCAAGGCCCUGAACCUCGUGCACUGUCGCUGCCUGGACAUCUUCAUCAACCAGGCCUUUGACAUGCAGCGGGACUUGCAGAUUACUCCCAAACGCCUGGAAUAUACGAGAAAGAAGGAGAACGAGCUGUAUGAGUCAUUGAUGAAUAUUGCCAACCGAAAGCAGGAGGAAAUGAAGGACAUGAUUGUCGAGACCCUUAACACCAUGAAGGAGGAACUUCUGGAUGACGCUGCCAACAUGGAGUUUAAGGAUGUCAUUGUCCCUGAGAAUGGAGAACCAGUGGGCACCAGAGAAAUCAAAUGCUGCAUCCGACAGAUCCAGGAACUCAUCAUCUCCCAGCUUAAUCAGGCGGUGGCUAACAAGCUGAUCAGCUCAGUGGAUUACCUACGGGAGAGCUUCGUCGGCACCCUGGAACGGUGUCUGCAGAGCCUGGAGAAGUCUCAGGAUGUCUCAGUUCACAUCACCAGUAAUUAUCUCAAGCAGAUCUUAAAUGCUGCCUAUCAUGUUGAAGUCACCUUUCACUCAGGGUCCUCGGUUACAAGGAUGUUGUGGGAGCAAAUCAAACAGAUCAUCCUGCGCAUCACGUGGGUGAGUCCACCUGCCGUCACACUGGACUGGAAGAGGAAGGUGGCCCAGGAAGCCAUUGAGAGCCUCAGUGCCUCCAAGUUGGCCAAGAGCAUUUGCAGCCAAUUCCGGACGCGGCUCAAUUGUUCUCAUGAGGCUUUUGCAGCCUCCUUGCGGCAGCUGGAAGCUGGCCACUCGGGCCGGCUGGAGAAAACUGAAGACCUAUGGUUGAGGGUUCGGAAAGAUCACGCGCCCCGCCUGGCCCGCCUUUCUCUGGAAAGCCGUUCUUUGCAGGACGUCCUGCUGCAUCAUAAACCUAAACUGGGACAGGAACUGGGCCGGGGCCAGUAUGGUGUGGUGUACCUGUGUGACAGCUGGGGGGGACACUUCCCCUGUGCCCUCAAGUCAGUUGUCCCCCCAGAUGAGAAGCACUGGAAUGACCUGGCUUUGGAGUUUCACUACAUGAGGUCUCUGCCAAAGCAUGAGCGGCUGGUGGAUCUCCACGGUUCAGUCAUAGACUACAACUACGGGGGCGGCUCCAGCAUUGCCGUGCUGCUCAUUAUGGAGCGGUUGCACCGGGACCUCUACUCGGGGCUGAAGGCUGGACUGAUGCUGGAAACACGUUUGCAGGUAGCACUGGAUGUGGUGGAAGGAAUCCGCUUCCUGCACAGCCAGGGCCUUGUGCACCGUGACAUCAAACUGAAAAAUGUGCUGUUGGACAAGCAGAACCGUGCCAAGAUCACUGACUUGGGAUUCUGCAAGCCGGAGGCCAUGAUGUCAGGCAGCAUCGUGGGCACGCCAAUCCAUAUGGCCCCUGAGCUUUUCACAGGGAAAUAUGAUAAUUCCGUGGAUGUCUACGCUUUUGGCAUUCUUUUCUGGUAUAUCUGCUCAGGCUCCAUCAAGCUCCCUGAGGCGUUUGAGAGGUGUGCCAGUAAAGACCACCUCUGGAACAACGUGCGAAGAGGAGCCCGCCCAGAACGUCUUCCUGUGUUUGAUGAGGAGUGUUGGCAGUUGAUGGAAGCCUGUUGGGAUGGUGACCCCUCUCAGAGACCUCUUUUGGGCAUCGUCCAGCCCAUGCUGCAGGGCAUCAUGGACCGGUUGUGCAAGUCAAAUUGUGAGAGGCCGAGCAGAGGACUAGAUGAUUCUACGUGAAAGCAAAGACCUUUCUCUUUCACUCUCUAUUUCUUUCCUUCCCCUCACCUUUGGCCAUGGGAAGAGUUUGACGUGUAUUUGUUACAGAGAGCUCCCGAGGGAACUGAUGCUUGCUGGGCAACUUGAGACCCUCCCAGGCAGAAGGGACUCCUGGAGAGUGAAGAGCUGGCUGUUGGCAUAUUCAGCAGUUAGCUCACCAAUGCUCUGAGCUAUUCCUUUAGCAAAAGAUUGUCCAGGACAUGUGUGAGAGCUGAAGAAUGCAGUGUUCUGGCCUCAGAACCGAAAAGGAAGCAAAUUUUACCAUUGUGUGUUCACUAUACAUUUCGGAGACAGGGGGGACACUGCAGUGGUAAAAGUAUGAAAAACCAUAAUUUUCAUAAUUUUGCUCUAGUAGAACUAGUUUUGUUUUAUCCAGUUGUCAGGACCCUUAGAACAUUUGAGAUGACUUCUGGGUUUGUGAGAACAUAGGCACAAGUGCACAACUAGUGAACAUCUGGGUCCUGCUAUCUGCAGCCAGAGAUGCUAGGCUGCAGCAGCCAGAGGCCCCAGGAAAGUAGAAACAAAGUUAUCUGAUCCUUACAGCACCAGUGUGUUCCUUUUCUAGGCCCAUGUAGCCUUGAUUUCUGGGGGAGAGGCUCACAGGUAUAUCACCAAAAGGCCACAGGAAAAAGAGAAGCGUGUGUGUGUGUUUGUAUGUGAGUGUGUGUGUGUCUGUGCGUAUAUGCUCUUGGCUUUCGAGUUACUGCUCACCACCUCAGAACGGAAUCUCUUAUACCCUUGAGUCUUGAUUUUUAUUCUUUUUUGUUUUCUUUUUAGUCUCAAGAUGUGGGAGGCCCAGCUAACACAGUACUUAGGGGUGAGUGUCUGAGUAGAGCUGACCCAGCGUGAACUGUCUGGUGAGACCGCAGAAGCACGCAGGGAUCUGGAGGCCUCGAGCCUCCACACAAACACACAAACCUUCCGGAAGGAUACUAGCUUGUUUUUAAAACUUAAAAAAACCAGAAACUCUUCUUUUUGUGUUUGAACCUAACACACUGAUGUUUUUAAACUUGAUUAAUGAGCUUUUUAACUAGGUUUCUUCUGCAACUUGUCCCUUCUUUUUACCCUGAAGAAAAGAGGCAGGUGAACAAGAAGAGCACCCUCUGUAGUUCUGUGUGCUUCUCGCACCUGGGCAUUCGGGUCCGGGCGGGUGCCCUGCCCUUGCAGUUGGGAGGUGGGCUGAGGGUCUUUUGGAGAGUUUGUCAUGAAGUGUACACAAGAGAUUCUGAUUCUGGGCAGAGGAAGGAGGAGAACGGUGAAACACUGGUGCAUCUCAGAUCUUGGCUUCAGGCCUCCCUUAACCAAAAACGUCUGUUAGAUUUAGAAAAACAGGUGACAGAACAGACAGUGGAGGCGAGUAACCUCCGUCCAUCUGCGUGGUCCCCAGUCCUGUGGUCUGUCUGUCCCCUGUGCCUAGCCCCAAACUCUGUAAAGCAGGUCCCUGGGUGGGUGUGUCAGAUGAUGGGCGGAAUUGUGCUGGAAUUUUCUAGGGUUGUUUGUGACAGAAUGACCACCUCUUGAAUGGAACCGAUGGUAUAAAUGGAGUGAGUCUGCAAGAAAUUUUUGAUACAACUUUUAAAGUUCAGCUUUAACCCUGGCUUUCCUGGGCUCUGUUAUGACAGGUUUGAGCGAAGUCGCCCCCUGAGCCCUGGUAGCCCUUCAGAAAUUUCACAUAGUGCUAGAAACAUUUUUAUUUGCAAGUGAUAGAGGGACCGACCCAGGCUCGUUGGGCUCUGCAGGCUGCAGCUGUGUUGGUGCAGUGCUCAGCAUAUCUUUUAGAAUGUUUAACCCUUGCUCAGUGCUAUUCUGGUCAGUAUUAACUCAUGCCCUUCUGGGGACUGGUUCAAAAGGGAGAGGUGAGUAGUACCUACUUGCCAAAAAGUCAGUACUGGUCUGUUCCGUAUGAAAUGGCAAGGGCUUAAAUAGCUCCUUUUGCCAGACUGUCUUCUUUUAACUCCGUAUGUAAUCAGGACUGUCUGGCUCCCACUGGGGAGACCACAUACCUAACAUUCCUUGGAAGUCUUCGGUCAUAUGCCCAUGUACACAUGGGAGUUUAGUUUUUUCUGCACCAUGAGUCCCUGUUCAGCUUAUCCCCUGUGGCUUAGUCUGUUCUCAGACACCAGUUUUCUAGCAGAAUUCCCCACAUGUUUUGCUGGAGUGAGGAGGCAGGGAGGGACUACUGUUAAGUAAGGAGGGGAGUAACUGUGUUACAGUUCACUAAAAAGAAGGACUGCAGGAAAAGGUACAGGACAUUCCUAAAAGUCUCUGGGCCAGCCGGAGUCCACACAGAGGUUCUCGGAGGUAUCAUUUGAACACUCAGCAGGCUGAGUGCAGGAAUACAUGUGUGUAAUGUGUGUACUUAACUUUUGUUUUAUAACAUUGUCAGCUAAUUUUGGAUUCUUUGUGCCUUAGCACCAUUAUUAUUAAACUGAUGGAAUGCCAUGAAAUGUACUGUAUUGUAUGCUCUUUGGGAUGACACUAGCUAUUCAAAGAAGUCCAGUGGCCCUUAAGCCCUAGGACUCAGCAAGACCAAAGUUCUCUCACCUCUUAGCCUCGGUUGUAUUCGCUUCCAAGUGGUGAAUGAGAUUGUGUCUGGGGAAGGAAGAAGGAUGCAGUGAAAGAAGUACCCUCACUGUGUUCUGUCCUUCAAAUCAAGUUAAUUAGGACAGUUUACCCCAUCCCCAAAAUGACCACCUGGCCAUUUUUAAUAGGCUGAAAGUCUGGUCACUUAUGUUGCUUCAGAACUGAGUGAGGGACCUUCCUGCAGAGCAAUCAGAAGACAUGGUGGGGCCCCAGAGCAGCUGACCCUGUGCCUAGGGGGCUGGCAGCAAGCGCAGUCUGGCGUCACUGAGGAGUGCUCGUUUAGGUCAGGUUCCACAGGCGUGCCCUAGGCUCCUGAUCCUCCACAGACAGGAUCUCGCUGAGUAAGCCUUUCCCGUCUCUGGGAGGGAGGUCUGUGCUGGCUCUUCCCGACCAAAGACAGUUACUUGUGACUCUAUCAGUUUCAAGGCAACAGAGCCUAGCAGCAGCUUCUCCUGCCUUUUAACACUAAAAUUCAAGGAAACACUGAAGGAAAGGAUGCGUUACUGCCGUGGACAGAAGUAGGGCAAUGAUAGAACUCUCGCUCGUGUCUGGCAGCUCUCCGGUGCGUGUUUUUUUCUUUUUUUUGCGUGUUUGCUGGAGCUGUCAGAGGGGUUGGAGGUUCCUUCCUGAUGGGGUGGGGGGUUCCGUUCUGGCAGGCAGGGCUGCAGAGGGGUAAUAACCUCACUGACCGUCACUUUAUUUUCGGGCUCAUUGUUUAGCACUGAGAAGCCCAAGGGAUUGGCGACUACAGUGGCCCUUUGGGAGUAGAGACCCCGCUAGCCUUGCUUUGGGGAGAAGCAUGCUCGGUGCCCUGUCUGCCGAAUCUGGGAGAUGCCGCAUUAGGGCGGGAUGAAUGGCCUUCAGGUCCACCACCAAAGGGUAGGCACUUUCUUUGAGGUUUCAAAGCUUAAUUUUUGGUUUUGCUGAACCAAACAGCCCACUUUUCCUUUAAAAAGAAAAAAGAGUUUUUCCUUCUAAGUCUGGGUUUGGAUGUUGUCAAAGCGGGUGAGGAGGGAGUGACACUGAGAAACUCGACGGCUCCCUUGGAGGUUUCGAGUAGCACUACUGCCCUUAGGAGGGCUUCGUUUUUAUCUUCAUCUGCUUCGUUAACAUCCAGUCCAGUUGAGAUGAUUAGAGACUGUGUGGACACCUGGCAUUGGGAAGCCCCCGGAGGGUUGAGAAGAAAAUUGGUUGGACAGCUAGUUGUCUUUGUCUUUGUGUCAUGUUCUUGUUUGUUUUAAAGGACUAAUGUUUAUUACAGUGUUAAAUGUGUAACAUACUAAGUGUAUAGAAUAAAAGUGCAAUAACCAGAGAAAAUUACUUUGGCACCAGCUCCAGGCCGUACAUACUCCCUUGAGCUGCCUGUUUCUUUCCAUAAUAACGUUAACAGUGGGAGCAUGUUCAUUGUAUUUUUAUGAGACCCAACUAUGGGUUCAAUCUCCAUUUCAUGUAAUUUUGAAUGGUUGGGUUUGGUUUUAUAGAAUCUGUGUACUUGUUGGGAUGCAUAAAUACCAUAUGUGCUGUAUAAUAAAGAUCCCAUUAACGUUU